AGAUUAUUCUUCUGAGUCCUGCUCAAGAGGGUCCCACCAUCUUUUUGACUCUUCCCCUCCCUCUCCCCCAGUUGACUCAUGCAUGGCUAACUCCAAAAGAAUUCAUUUCCAUGUGGGGAGUUCCAUAGGCGUGUUUUCAGGAGGUCACUUGUACAGGCAUUUGUUGGAUUGCCCCUGUUUCACAGGCAGGGAGGGUGGUCUGAGGCCUCUAAUUGUGCAUCUGUCUCCUUGGCAGGUUGUGAUUAAUAUUCCCUAGGAGGCUUGUACAAAUGCACUGCAGCUGCCUAAUGAGCCUCCCCUUUUGCCCUUCAUCUCCAUGUAUUGUUCUUUUUUCUCCCUUCUCUUCCCAGGCUGCUGAUACACUGGCUGUACGACAAAAAAGGCGGAUCUAUGACAUCACCAAUGUUUUGGAGGGGAUAGAUCUUAUUGAAAAAAAGUCAAAAAAUAGCAUCCAGUGGAAAGGUGUAGGGGCUGGUUGUAAUACAAAGGAAGUCAUUGAGAGACUGAGAUACCUUGAAGCAGAAAUCGAAGAUCUAGAAAUAAAAGAAAAGGAGCUGGAUCAGCAGAAACUGUGGUUACAACAAAGUAUCAAAAAUGUUAAGGAAGAUUCCACCAAUAAAUGUUUUUCAUACAUCACUCAUGAAGACAUUUGUGACUGCUUCAAUGGAGAUACACUACUAGCAAUUCAAGCACCUUCUGGUACACAGUUAGAAGUUCCUGUACCUCAUGUGGGGCAAAAGAAAUACCAGAUCAAUCUAAAGAGCAAUCUGGGACCUAUCCAUGUACUGCUCAUUAACAAAGAGUCCAGUUACUCCAAGCCAGUUGUUUUCCCAGUACCUCCACCAGAUGAUCUCCUGCAGCCUCUAUCACAAUCCGCAGUUCCACUCACCUCCUCUAAACCAAAUGCAGAUACUCAGAGAUUACAAGAGUCAUCAGAUUCUAAUCAGAAGCAAUCCCUUCCACAGACCCCAGUGACAGAUGUGCCAACAGACAUCAAUUUACAAGGAAGCCCAGCUCCUGAAACGCUGUGUGCCAGCAUUCCAGAUUCUGAACUAUAUGACAGCCUUGUAACUGAGACCACACCUAGCUCAAAUACUCUUCCUUCCUUCCUUCCACUGGAUGUCAAUAGUAUUCUAAAGUCAAACACAUUUGACAUAGCAAAGAUGGAGGAGCCUGGAGGCAUAAUUAACAGUGAUAUCAUUGAUGAACUGAUGUCCUCUGAUGUUUUCCCUCUGUUACGGCUGUCUCCAACACCUGGAGAUGACUACAGCUUCAACUUGGAUGAUAAUGAAGGAGUCUGUGAUCUCUUCGAUGUUCAGAUCUUGAACUAUUAGAUUUGAUGCAACCAGAUUUCCUCAUCUACCUCUAACUAUGUAAUACUGUAGAAGCAAUUUUGUAAUCAAGUAUUUAAAAUAAUGAAUGCAAAACUUCCAUAAUUGA